AUGUGGAAGUUGUCACAAACUGAGGCCCAAUUCAUCAUGAAUCUCCUUUCCCAUUUACUAGCAAUUGCAGGGCUUAUGGGGCUGCUGCUAUUGUAUAAUGUAUGGAGAAUAAAGAGUUUUGCUCACAGGGGUAAGGGCAGCCAUGAGGCUGUUAAAGAAUGCCUCACUACCAACGGCAAGGCUUUCGCCUCACGCCCAAGUUCCAGUGCAGGAAAGCUUUUAGGAUACAAUUAUGCUGGAUUUGGAUUUGCACCUUAUGGGCCUCUCUGGCGUGAGAUGCGCAAGCUAUCCGUGACGGAACUUCUCUCAAACCGUCCCCUUAAUGAGUUGAAGCAUGUUCUGGUUUCUGAAUUGGAUGUUUGCAUCAGAGAUCUCUACUCACUUGGCAAAGAGACAAACUGA